AUGGUAGAAUCACCUAGCGAAAAACGGGCACGGAAAAUAUUGGAGGAUACCACGGUUCGGACCGAGUCGGGAAAGUUUCAAACAGGGCUGUUGUGGAGGUACGACUUGGUGGAGUUUCCGGACAGCAAACCAAUGGCGGAGCGGAGGUUGCAGUGCCUUGAAAGACGACUAUCAAAGGACCCAACGUUGUACGACAAGGUGAGGGAACAAAUUGAUGACUAUCUGUCCAAGGGUUACACCCAUAAAGCAACAGAACGGGAGUUGAAAGAGACCGUGCAAAAUCAGACAUGGUAUCUACCAUUGGGUGUAGUAGUAAACCCUAAAAAGCCGGAAAAGGUUCGAGUUGUCUGGGACGCUGCAGCAACGGUAAAAGGAGUUUCGCUGAAUUCCGUUCUGCUGAAAGGGCCGGAUUUUCUACAGUCCUUACCAACGGUACUUUGUCGAUUUAGACAGAGGGAGGUGGCCAUCAAUGCGGAUAUCAAGGAGAUGUUCCACCAAGUGAUUAUCAGACCGGAGGAUCGUCAGGCACAACGAUUUCUGUGGCGGAAAAAUCCGUCGGAGCAAACGGAAGUGUUUGUUAUGGACGUCGCCAUAUUUGGAGCUACGUGCUCCCCAAGUUCUGCGCAGUUUGCGAAGAAUAGAAAUGCAGUUGAAUUGUCCAGAGAGUUUCCUCGAGCUGCAACCGCGGUUUUGGAGAACCACUAUGUGGACGACUAUCUCGAUAGUGUCGAUAGCGUCUACGAAGCAGUGGAGCUUGCAAGAGAAGUCAAAACGUUACAUCAAUACGCCGGGUUUGAACUCCGACACUGGUUGUCCAAUAGUGUGGAUGUGUUGAAGCAAAUCGGAGAAAAACCGUCAGAAACUCCGAAAAAUUUCGUGAUGGGCAAGGACGUUGGGACUGAGAGAGUAUUGGGGUUGAGUUGGUUGCCGCACGAAGACAUCUUUACGUUCGCAAUACAGUUCCGCGAAAAUCUGAAGAGGUUGCUGGACGGGAAUACGUAUCCCACCAAAAGAGAGUUGUUGAGCCUGGUUAUGAGUAUUUUCGACCCUCUUGGAUUGGUAGCUAACUUUGUGAUACACGGAAAAAUUCUUGUUCAAGAAGUUUGGAGAUCCGGCAGCACUUGGGACGACAAAAUUCCAGAGUUACUGUUUGCGUCGUGGAGUCGUUGGGUACGGGCACUACACAGCCUGGAGCAAGUACGAAUACAAAGAUGUUAUUUUCCCGGAUAUGGUCCAGAAGCCUUGAAAACACUAGAAUUGCACGUUUUUGUAGACGCAAGUAUGGCUGCUCACGCUGCAGCUGCUUAUUUUCGGAUUGUGGACCGUGGAACCGUUCGGUGUACUCUUGUAGCGUCCAAAACCAAAGUGGCGCCCCUUAAGCAACUGUCAGUGCCAAGGCUUGAGCUCCAAGCAGCUGUAAUCGGUACAAGGUUGAUGAAGACAAUUGCGUCAAGUCAUACCCUUCGGAUAAAAAGGAAAAUACUGUGGACUGAUUCUAACACCGUGUUAGCCUGGCUCAGAGCGGAUCAACGAAGGUUCCACCAGUUUGUGGCGUUCAGGGUAGGAGAGAUUUUGGAAUCCACCGACGUAAACGAUUGGAGGAAAGUACCCUCAAAAUGGAAUGUUUCCGACGAAGCAACAAAAUGGGGUAAUGGUCCAGAUGCCUCUGAAGAAUCCCGGUGGCUUCGUGGACCAUCGUUUCUCUACCAAGAUGAAGCAGAAUGGCCAGGUCAUAAGGAAGAAGAAUGGAGCACAGCAGAAGAAAUGCGGAAUAUAAUAACGAUCCAUCGAUGCAGCGUAACCGGAACGGUGCAGUUUGAGCGCUUUUCCAAAUGGGAACGAUUGUUGCAAGCCAUGGGAUAUGUUCGACGAUUCCUAAAUAACUGUCUUGGAAAGAGAAACAACUUGCCGUGCCUGACUACAAAGAAUCUUUGCAGUAAAGAGUUGCAGGAAGCAGAGAUUAUGGUGUUGAAAUUGGUUCAACUUGAGGUCUACCCGCAAGAAUUUGCUGUGCUUGAAGCGCUGCAGAAAGAUUCGUCGCAUCAUCCGAAACAAAUCGAGAAGAAAAGCCGUAUCUACAAGUUGAAUCCUUUCAUCGGAGCAGAUGGAUUGAUCCGCAAGGACGGGCGAAUUGGUGCAGAUGACGCAAAGUUUCCGGUGAUACUACCGAAAGACCACUACGUAACAAUGCUGAUUAUCGACGGAUAUCACCGAAAGUUUGCACACGCAAACAAUGAAACCAUCGUGAAUGAGCUCAGGCAACGAUUCCAUGUGUCGGAGAUAAGAGUAGCUGUGGGGAAAGUAGCGAAGUCCUGUACAUUGUGUAAGGUACGCAAAGCAGUUCCACGACCACCUCGGAUGAGCCCUCUCCCGGAAGCACGUUUAACUCCCUAUAUCAGGGCGUUCACUUUUACCGGGUUGGACUACUUCGGUCCCGUAACUGUACGAGUAGGGCGCACGAACGUGAAGAGAUGGGCAGCAUUAUUUACCUGCCUCACAACAAGGGCAAUUCACCUUGAGGUAGCCUUUACGUUGUCGACCGAAUCAUGCAAACUUGCCAUUCGUCGGUUUAUAGCUCGCCGUGGUGCACCGUUGGAGAUAUACUCUGAUCAAGGACUAAAUUUCCAAGGAGCAAGGAAGGAGUUGCGCGAAGAAAUUCAGCUGAAUCAAGAGUUGGCUUCAACCUUCACAAACGCAGCCACACAGUGGAAGAUGAAUCCGCCUUAUGCUCCUCAUAUGGGAGGUAUAUGGGAGCGGUUAGUACGCUCAGUGAAACUGGCAUUGGCAGCCAUGGAGACAUCGAGAAACCCUGAUGAUGAAACCUUUCAAACCGCAUUGACAGAAGCUGAAUCCAUCGUAAACACACGGCCGCUUACAUAUCUACCCUUGGAUUCCGCAGAGAGUGAAGCGCUGACACCUAAUCAUUUCCUGCUUCUUAGCUCGAAUGGAGUAUGCCAGCCAGUCGCUAAUCCGGUCGACGUGAAGUCCACGCUUCGUGCCAACUGGAACCAUGUGCGCGUAAUGCUGGACCGUUUUGGACAAGAUGGGUUACCGAGUAUCUACCGGUCAUUGCAAGGCAGUCGAAGUGGUUCGGGAAACUAA